AAAACGUCGACCAAACCAGUGAAAAUGAAAUUCUUCGUGUGCGCCCUUCUCUGCCUGGCGGCCUCGGCCUCCGCCCGCGUCAAGCGCGGAAUUUACGGCGAGCCCGGAGGCCUGCUGUCUCCCCUGAGCGCCUCUUCUCUCCACUCAGCGCCGAUCCUGAGUGCUCACUCCCUCGACUCAGCGCCGAUACUGAGCGCUCCUUCAUCGCUGCUGAGCCACAGGCCGCUGUUGAGCGCGCACUCGCUGUCGCCCUACGCUAGCGCCCAUUUACACUCCGCGCCUCUGCUGUCGUCAUCCCUCCAUUCCGCGCCUCUGCUUUCCUCUCCCUCCCUCCAUACCGCUCCGCUGCUCUCCUCUCACUCUCUACACUCAGCUCCUCUGCUGUCCGCUCAUUCUGCUCCUCUUCUCUCCUCAUCCUCGCUUCAUUCUGCCCCUCUCCUCUCCUCUCACUCUCUUCACUCCGCUCCUCUGCUCUCCCACUCCGCUCCUCUGCUAUCCCACUCCGCUCCUAUAAUCUCCCAUUCUGCUCCCCUGCUCUCUUCCCACUCCCUUCAAUCAGCUCCUCUGCUCUCUUCUCACUCCCUCCACUCUGCCCCUCUCCUCUCCGCGCACUCCGCGCCCCUGCUCCACUCCUCACCACUCCUCCACUCUGCUCCUCUCCAUACGUCCCUGCACGCACCCCUACACUCAGCCAAACUGAUCGCUGCCCCGAGGUACGCCUCUGGUUGGUGGUAAAUUGCUCUUAUACCAAAUAAAAAAGCUUUAAUUUA